AUAUCACUCUAACAUAGGUGCUCCCCUAUAAAAGGAAUGUGUUAUUUGUGUUCAAAAUCAUUCACAAAAACUCAAACAGAAAAAAGAAAAACAUGGACAAGAAGUUGUUGUUAGUUGUCUUCUUCAUUGUCCUCUCUACUCAAGAGAUUGGGGCGGUAAUAAGAACGUGCAAAUCGAGAAGCCGCGAAUUUGGAGGGAAAUGUAUUCGAGCAACUCAAAGGAAUUGCAAUAUAGUUUGCAUGCAUGAAGAUUUUCAGUACGGCGUUUGUAGGAUGGGCCGCUGCUAUUGCGCGAAAUCUUGUGGUGGUGGUGGUGUGAAAACACCGCCAGCUGUGAAAACGCCGCCUGCAGUUGAAAACCCACCGGACAACGGACCACCUGAUCAAGAUGGCGGUCAAUUUUUUUUCGAAGAGACACAAAGCUAGCUUCUUCUAAACUCUGAACAAAUUACAAAUGGUUUUCA